AUGCGGAACAAACAGACGAAACGAAAGAGCGCCAGCACGCUGGGCACUGUGAACAUGAAGGAAGCGACAGAGACGGAGACGGCACGCCUAACGGGCGAGAAUAUCCGCUUGACGGUCGAAAUUUCGCGACUGAGUGCGGAGAACAAUCGCCUAGCGGAGAAGAACAAACGGGUCGAACAACCAGCGGGGGCACUGGCAUUGGCAAAGUCUGAGACCGCUGAGCUCUCGAGUGUGCACGUACACAGAGAGAGCGCUGCGGAGGAGCUUAGGACGGUACGGCAUGAGUUGGGUGUUUUGAGGGCGGAGGUGGCGAGACUGGUGGGUGAGAAUCAGGAGCUGGAUAUGAGGGGUAUUCGCGCGGACGAGGAGUUUGUUGGGGUUCGAGGAGAGCUGGUGAAGUUAAGGAAGGAACUGCAGAUGGCGGAGGCGAGCAGCGCAGAACUGCAGUCUGCGAAUACACGCGCGGUGGAAGAGUUGGAAGCUGCUUUGAGACUGAAUGUGGCAAUGCAGGAUCGUGUUUCUGAGAUGGAGAUGGACGGGAUCCGGGCCAGUGAGGAGAUGACAGUGUUGAGGGCAGAGCUACAAGCAUCGAAGGCGUUGAGUGAGGAGCUGAGGGUUGCAAAUGUUAGCCCGAAAAACGAUCUGGCGGCCGCCCGGAGGGAUGGCUCCGCAAUGGAGAAGUCCAUCUUGGAGAUGGAGAUGGAGAGCAUCCGAGCCGGUAAAGAGUCAACAACGCCAAGCAAGGAACUGCAGACAUGGAGGGCGGAGAUGGAGGUUUUAAAUGACAUUAAUGCACGCUGUGCAAAAGAGCUCGUCGUUUCCGUGAACCCAAGUGCGGCGAGGAAGAAGCCCGAUAAGAACCUCGUUGUGGACUUGAAGAACGAAAUCGUCUCGGCUGCUCUUAGAGAGAAGAUACUCCAGGAUAGCAACAUCCACCUGAAAUGCGAACUAAUAGCUGCGAGGCAAGAAUGCGAAUCCACGAAAGAGAACACGAAGAUUCUCCACGCAGAGAGCCAUGUUCUCGCCAAAGAGCUUGUGGCCGUCAAGACAGAGUUAAACUCAGCAAACAACUGCAUUGAUACGGCACAAGUAGAGAUAAAACGUCUUGAAACAAAGAAUGGGCGACUAUUAGAGGAGAUUGCGAUGUCCGGGCUGAAGGCCUUACGAGUUGGACAUGACAGAUUGCCCUCGUCUUCUGAGCUUGAGCAUGAAAAGGUCACUCUAGAUCUUUUGAAGCGUAACGCGACUCUUUCCGAAGAUCUCGCCGCAGAAAAGAAGAAAACCCAAGCCAGCUACCGGUCAUCAAUGUCGAAAUUGGCUCUUAUGGGAGAGAAAUCAAGGCAGCUAGAGGUCUUAUCAGUCGAAAUCAGGAGUGUCACCGAAGAGAAAUCGAAGCUUCAGAAGCAAAACAGCCAAUUACGGGGCGCCUUGAAAGCAUAUGCUAGAGCACAGGGAAAAGCAUUUGCUGAGGCUGCAGAAAUCUAG